UCUUUAUCUACAUUCUACAGUAUAAACUGGAGCACUCAAAAGCUCACAUCUCGAUGAGAGCAUAAAUUCCGUUGUUUUCAAUUUCACCAUGUUUGCGGGUUAUCAAAGGAUUAUUUGCGCAAUAUCCAUUUACCACUUCGUGCACAGUGCCGCUUCCUAUUAUUAUAACGAUGAGCAGCUUCCUACGUUUUUAAGUGCAUCUGUUGGUGAUCAUAUUGUUUUUGAUUGUGAUAUAGAGUAUCCGCAAGACAUUGUCAUCCCUUAUAUACUCAAUUGGAAGAAGGAGGGUAAAACUAUUUAUUCGUGGGAUAAUGGAAUAACGGUAUCAGUGGAUCCUUACGGUGGAAGAAUUCAACUUUUAAACAAUAGUAGCUAUGGAAAAGCGUCUAUAAAUCUAACAUCGAUUAGGGAGUCGGAUUCUGGAUGGUACGAGUGUAAAAUUAUUUUCCCGUUCCGUACACCAACGUCGAUGGGGAAUGGAACGUGGUUUUACUUGGCGGUCACUGGGGGAAAUCUCUUGGAAAUACCUCCGAUUAACCAAACUGUCCUGGAAGGUGAGGAUGUGCAGUUUACGUGCAUCACCAGAGAGAAUGGCGUCGAAAUACGCUGGUUUAAGGAUGGAGUUCUUCUAACAGAGCUGGCCAAUAUCCUCCAAAGGUCGCACGUGGAGAGCGACGGGUCGCUCUCGAUACGCGCAACUGAAAUGGGGGAUUCGGGGGAGUAUAUUUGUGAAGCCGUUAAUUACUUGAAGGAAUCUCAGAGUGCCAAAGCUUACCUGGAUGUGCAAUAUAAGGCGAAGGUCAUCUACACCCCCAAGGAGUUGUAUUUACCGUAUGGACAACCAGCCGUUUUAGACUGUCAUUUUCGCGCAAAUCCGCCAUUAAAAAAUUUGAGAUGGGAAAAGGACGGAUUUCUUUUCGAUGCCUACAAUGUCCCUGGUGUAUUUUAUCGGCAGAAUGGCAGUUUGUAUUUUAACAAAGUGGACGAAUCUCAUAAAGGACGCUAUUCGUGUACGCCCUACAACGAGCUGGGAACAGAGGGACCAUCGCCAACCAUAAACGUAAUGGUCUUGAGGCCUCCUGUUUUUGUAGCAACUCCCCAUCACCUCUACCUAAGGAAGUUAGGAGAAACGAUUGAAUUGGUCUGUGACGCAAGAGACGGAGAUAAUGAACAUAAACCACUAGUAGCUUGGUACAAAAAAGAUGGCUCAUCCCUUCCCGAAGGUCGUUACACGAUAAAAGAUGGAAAUUUAACGAUCACAAACAUUCACGAGGAGGACAAAGGUUUGUACCAAUGUGCGGCCACCAACGAAGCAGCCACAAUUACGGCGGAAGCGGAGUUGCUCGUGGAAAAUUCGCCACCGAGAUCACCGUAUAAUUUAACGACGAAGUCGGAUUCGCAUUCGAUUACGUUGCAAUGGGUUGCUGGACGGAAAAGACCUCGAAUAAGGUAUAGCGUUUGGUAUCGGGACGUGAGCACUCAGGAGUGGAGGAACGUCGAAAUAAAGAAUACGCAUCCACUCGAGGCAGCGAUUACACAUUUACUUCCAGGUCGUGAGUAUGAGUUUAUGGUUCUGAGCGAAGAUCCCCAUGGAGAAGCAUUGUUCAGCAAACCGAUCAGAGCAGCAACGUUAAACGACAGUAAUAGACCUGAAGUGCUACAAGCUUAUUCGCCGGUAGGGCCUCCUGUAAACAUAAAGAUCCACUCAGUCGACGACGGUUAUGUUGUAUCUUGGGAUCCUCCAGAGUACGGAUCGGAGUACUUGGCACAAUACACAUUAAAAUGGUACGAAGCAUCUAGUGAAACACUUGAAGGGCUUGUUGAAACGAGAGAUACCGCAUAUUUAGUAUCCAAUCUAGAAGAAGGUACCAGUUAUGAUUUCGAAGUAGUAGCGGUCGCCGUUGACGAAUAUCAAGCUGCCAGUCCUCGAGUGGCCUACCCAGUGCCAGCUUAUAAGAAAAUUAAAAUUUUAACGAUUAGUUUAGUAGUAUUAGUCAUUUGUAUAGUACUAGCAGUUGCUUUGGUUUACUACAUUAAGUCGAAAUGGUGCAAACGUUACUCGAAAUCCAAUUCCAUUAAGAAAUAGCCACUUUACCACUCUGUUGUACUUUAUCUUUUCAAUUGUUUUCUCUUACAUUUGUAAAUUAAAUAUAUUAAUAAUAUGACGAUAAAAAGUAA